AUGACUGUUCAAAACGAAGUUGUCCUCUUGCUAGGAAAAACCGGCAACACACUUGGUAAUCAGCUUCUCGGUAGUCGGGAUAAUAAACCUUUUACAGCUUCAGGCAGUACGGAAUCGGAAACGAAAAAAUGUGAAGUAACAACAUUGACAAUUAAAGGCAAAAAAUAUGACCUUGUUGACACACCCGGAAUAUUUGACAAUCGUGAAAAUGUAGAAAUAACAGAAUUCAUUCGUAAAUGCGCUGGUGGGGUCAGGGCAAUUCUUUUGGUUUUAGAAGCAGGAAGGAUUACUGAUGAAGAAAAGAAUACUUUGAGCACCAUAAGAAAUUUUCUUGGAAAAGAUGCGACAAAUAAUUUCAUCGUUGUUUUUUCCAAAGCAGAUCCGGAACGGGUUAAGGAUAAACAAAUAGAUUGGAAUAAAAUCGAAAUUCUUCGUUCUUUUAUUAAGCAAAUUGGGUAUCGUUGGUGUGUUUCUCCGAUGCAUCCAUAUUUUUUUGAAGCUGAAAGAGAAACAAAUGAAAAACGAUUAAUGGAGAUCAAGGAAUUAAUUACCCAUAUACAAGUUCUAUAUACCACUAGACAAUUUGAAGAGAACCGGAAAGAACAGGAGCGUCUAAAAAAAAAAGCGGAAGAAGAAGAAAGAAGAAAAAAUGAAGAAUAUGAGAAUAAACUAAAAGCGGAUGCAGUAAGAGUUCAGCAAGAAAAGUUCCAAGAAGCGCAAAAGAUACUUAUAGAACUAGAGUACAAGCGAAAGAGAGAAGAACAAAGGAGAGAAGAAGAGCGAAAGAGAGAAGAACAAAGGAGGGAAGAAGAGCGAAAGAGAGGAGAACAAAGGAGGGAGGAAGAGAGAAAGAGAGAAGAACAAAGGAGAGAAGAAGAGCGAAAGAGAGAAGAACGAAGGAGAGAAGAGCGAAGGAACGAAGAGCUAAGGAAGGAAGAAGAACCAGGAAUUAUUGAUAGUGUUAUGGUUGGAGCGGUAAUCGGAACAGUUGUUGGGCCAGGACUGGGAACAAUGAUGGGUGCCCUUGUGGGUCUUGCGAUUGGCGUUGGGAGGAAGAUCAUAUCGAAUAUAAUGGCAUAA